CAGCUGAAGGACUAUUUUUGGGUGAAGACGCCGUCACUCUACGAGCUGCCCUACGGCACGAAAGGAAGCGAAGACGUCCUCCUGCGCUUGCUCUCCAUCACCCACUACUCCCUGCCCGAGAGCAUCCAGAGCCUGAAGUGCCGGAGGUGCGCGGUGGUGGGCAACGGCCACCGGCUCCGCAACAGCUCCAUGGGGGAGACCAUCAACACGUACGACGUUGUGAUCAGGUUGAACAACGCCCCGGUCCACGGUUAUGAGCAGGACGUGGGCUCCAAGACCACCAUGCGCCUCUUCUACCCCGAGUCGGCCCACUUCAACCCCAGGACGGAGAACAACCCCGACACGUUGCUGGUGCUGGUGCCCUUCAAGCCCAUGGACUUCCAGUGGAUGGAGGCCAUCCUCAACGACAAGAAGAGGGUUCGGAAAGGGUUUUGGAAACAGCCCCCGUUGAUCUGGGACGCCAACCCGGAGCGAGUGCGCAUCCUCAACCCUUAUUACAUGGAAGUAACUGCUGCUAAACUGCUCAACCUCCCCAUGAAGCAACCACGGAAGGUCAAACAGAAGCCCACCACGGGGUUGUUGGCCAUCACCUUGGCGCUGCACUUCUGCGACCUGGUGCACAUCGCGGGCUUUGGCUACCCCGAUUCGGCCAACAAGAAGCAGACCAUUCACUACUACGAGCAGAUCACACUCAAGUCCAUGGCACCCAACGUCUUUGUAGUCAUGGUGGGAGAGUUGGAUCUGGUUUAUGUGCGAGCAGAAGGGCUCACGGGUUCGGGCAGGGUCGUGUCCCUCACGUCAG